CGCCGAAGGAGACCACUCUUCCUGAUCUGAGCGAGAGAGAGCGAGAGAGCGAGCGAGAGAGAGGGGAGAAAACGCAGGACAGGACAUUCCAGAGACCCGCGUCCUCACCCCCCCUCCCCUUCACAGCCUGGGCCUAGGGGGGAUUGGCAGAAGAAUGCAGGUCCCGUGUGUCCGGGGGCAGGAUGGCGUUGCGUUGGCAGAGUGCGCAGGCUGGUAGAUGGUCGCUGUUGAUGCUCCUAUGGCAGUGGACGGUGCUGGGCCCCCUGGGAUGGGUGCUGGUCCUGGCGGCCGCGCCCGAUCAGAGCCCCGCCUCCCUCGCCGCCGUGCCGGCGCCCCCCGGUGGCCGGCUGGACUGGCUGCUGUCUGACAAGGGCCCGUUCCACCGCUGCCCCGAGUACUCGGAGUUCAAGGAGCGGUUCCAGCAGGGCUUCACCACGCGCUACAAGAUCUACAGGGAAUUCAGUCACUGGAAAGUGAACAGCUUGGCGACGGAAAAGCGAGACUUUUUCAAGACGCCGCUGCCCCUGGCGCCCGAGUUCUUCCGGAACCUUCGGCUCCUGGGGCGCAGGCCCAGCCUGCAGCAGAUCAACGAGAACCUGAUCAAGAAGUACGGGACCCACUUCCUGGUUUCGGCCACGCUUGGCGGGGAAGAGUCGCUCACCAUCUUCCUGGACAAGCAGAAGCUGAAUAAGAAGUCGGAGGGAAGCGGGAACAGCUCGGUGGUGUCCCUGGAAAUCCUGCAUCAGCUGGCCGCCUCCUACUUCACCGACCGCGAGAGCACCCUGCGGAGACUGCACCACCUGCAGAUCGCCACCUCCGCCAUCAAGGUAACGGAGACCAGGACUGGGCCUCUUGGAUGCAGUAACUAUGACAGCCUGGAUUCUGUCAGCUCUGUCUUAGUGCACAGCCCUGAGAACAAAAUCCACUUAAAAGGACUCCAGGAUGUUCUCCCGGAGUUCCUCCGCAACCGGUUCGUGGAGGCGGCGCUCAGCUACGUGGCCUGCAACUCGGAAGGCGAGCUCCUGUGCAGAAACAACGACUGCUGGUGCCGCUGCACCACCAAGUUCCCAGAAUGCAACUGCCCUUUCACCGACAUCAAAGCCAUGGAGGAGAACCUGCGCAAAAACAAAGAGUCCUGGAUCAACUUCAACGUGGAGUUCGAGGAAUCGGAGGAAUUCAAGGCCUUCCUGAGGCGUCUGCCGACAGACCACUUCCUGAACUCGUCCACAGUGCUGAAGUUCUGGACAGCGGACUCGGCCCUUCAGCGUCGCUACGGGCAACUGGAGGCGGGCACGAAGCUUCUCCAGGGGAAGGCGCAGAAGGUCGUAAGGAAGCUGUUCACCCUGAGCAAGCGCUGCCCCAAACAGCCCAGACUCAGCCUCCCCAGAGAAAGGACGAUCAGCUUCUGGCUGCGGCGAGCCCAGUCCCUCCUGUACUGCAACGAGCACGGCGUUCUGGGCAUGUUCUCGGAGGAGGCCCACGGCUGCACCUGUGCCACGGAGCAGGCGUCCUGCCAGGGCGCCGUGCCCUGCCUGGUGGCCGAGGGGGCCUACUGCGCGUCCUGCGACCCGGAAAACGCCACCCGCUGCGGGGGCUGUCACCCGGGCAACAUCCUCCACGCGGGAGGCUGCCGUCCAGACGUGGCCGGCUCGCUCGACCACUACGUCAACUUCGACUCCGACAUCCCCGACGCCGAGGCCAAGUUCCUGCUCCAGAGACUCGACAGUCGGGUGGAGGUCCACGCCAUCUACAUCAGCAACGACGUCCGCCUCGGGAGCUGGUUCAACCCGGCCUGGCGGAAACGCAUGCUGCUCACGCUCAAGAGCAACAAGAACAAGUCCAACCUCAUCCACAUGCUUCUGGGCAUCUCCUUCCAGAUCUGCGCCACCAAAAACAGCACCCUCGAGCCCGUGCCCGCCAUUUACGUCAACCCCUUCGGGGGCAGCCAUUCCGAGAGCUGGUUCAUGCCCGUCAACCAGCAGGACUUCCCCGACUGGGAAAGAACUAGACUGGACGGCUCCUUGCAGUGCUACAACUGGACGCUGACGAUGGGCAACAAGUGGAAGUCCUUCUUCGAGACGGUCCACAUCUACCUGCGCAGCCGGAUCCUGACCGACGACCCCACCGUCAACGAGACGCUCUUCUACGAGCCCCUGGACCUGGACGACCGCUCCUCCAACCUGGGCUACAUGAAGAUCAACAGCCUGAAGGUCUUCGGGUACAGCAUGCACUUCGACCCGGAAGGGAUCAAGGACCUGAUCCUGCAGCUGGACUACCCGUACACCCAGGGAUCGCAGGACGCAGCCCUGCUGAUGCUGCUGGAGAUGCGGGACCGGAUUAACCGGCUGUCCCCGCCCGGGGGCCAGCGGCUGGACCUGUUCUCCUGCCUGCUGAGGCACAGGCUGAAGCUGUCCACCAGCGAGGUGGUGAGGAUCCGUGACUCCCUCCAACUCUUCAACUCCAAGCUGCCAGGCUCCUCCGAGGAAGAACUAGGACAGCUGUGUAGCUAGUCUGCGGCUAAACCGUUGUGCCCCCGCCACACCCCGUCCCGCCCUGGCAGUCUCCAAGGCUGCAAUGACAAAGCAAACUUACGGGGAAGGUCUCACAGUCGCCUUUGGGCCCACCAUGUUUAUAGUUCCGUCAACCACACACUAGCCAGGCCCAUGAGUUUGCAUGCUGAACAACUGGAAGUGAGGUUGGGGGGAUGGAGACUGACUACAGCCCGUUUAACGCAGGUUUAAAAACCGUUUCCAUGAGAACUGCCAGUUCGUUCAGGAAGGUUUUCUUCUUUUUCCUUUUUUAAAAAAAAACAAAACAUAACGCAGCAGCUAACAGUCAACAGCGUGGUUCUCAAAGGCAGGUUAAAUAUUUGUGCUGAGGUUCCAAGCUGUUUAUUUUGGUCUUUGUGCAAGCUGAAAAUGCCUAUGGCUUUCCAUCUGGAAGAUGACACUUUCAGGUGUGUUUGUAGUGACAUUAUUGACAAGCAAGGUUGUUUUUUUGGCCAUAGCCCAGGUAUAUUUGAAAGAAAAAGGUUAUUAAUACUAAAUCAAUCCUGCUAAUAUAUUGUGAAGCUUAAGUGUCAAGCAUAGUUAACAAUCCAUCCAUGACAUCUUUCAGAUUUUUAAAUCUCUGCUCUGUUUUUUUUCCUGAAGUCAUAUUUGGUGUAUGGCGUUAGUAGCUGUUGUUUUGUUUUUCUAAGUUUGACUGAGAUGCCAUUUUUUGGCACUCCUGGUAUUCCACCAUACACCGAAACCAAAAUGAGGAAACAUUUGGGCCAAACCGAAUGGCAAAAUGUCUGUUUUUGUAAAUUCUUUAAAAAAUAUAUAUAUCAAGCUGAUAUAGCACCAUUUGACAUGGCAUUAAUAAGGUUUGUGUAUAUCUCUGUAAAUAACGCUUCAUCUUAUUGUUAAAAUGUGAAACUUGCAUAUUGUUUUUUAAAAAAUACAUAAGAGUUAAUUACAGAAUUUGCACAAGUGCAAAUGCCAAAAACACUUCUAAUGACACAGAAUCAACGUCUAAUGCCUUACGAGUCAAUGUUUUUUCUGGAACUGAAGCACACUUAGUUGGCUGUGUAAUUUACAGUGCUCUCCUUUCCUUCUCAAACCUUGUUCCACUAAAGGGAAACUUCACUAUAAAUGUAAAAUGAAAUAUAUUGUCCCAAACCUGUCUAAAAUUAUCUGUAUUUAAAUGUUUCAGUGCUCAGGCCAUGAGCUAAUUGGAACCCUUCUUACCUUGUAAUUAUCACCCUGUCAACAAGGAUCAAAUUAUACUUCCUGAUCUCUCGUUUUCUCUGUGUACUGUGACAAAUUACUGGUCAUUGGUGGUCACAUUUAACUUAACACUUUGACCAAUUAAUAGAUAAAUUCAGACUCCAAAUGUUAUUGUAGUUAUGGAUAUUGGCUCUGGAUAUUGGCCAAACUCCAACCAAUGCUUGUCCUCAACAUUUACUCAUUAUUCAAUGGAAGUGUUUUUUUGUCUUCACUUAUAUAAUUAUUUCUUCACUCAUAAAAUAAUGAAGGGGGAUUUUAGUUAACUAAUAAAACUUGAGUACCAGAGGUUAAAGGCAAAGACAGUGUUGACUGAAUGGUUUAUGUUAAUAAUGUAUGGAAUCUGAAUUAAUCUCUGCAUGUUAUCAGUGUGCUAUACUUGUGCUAAGAGUGUCCUAGGGAAUCUUGGGAGGAAUGAAUUUAGACAGAUAACACUAAUUGGCUUCGGCAAAAAAAACUUUAAAAAAAAAACAAAAAAAAACAAAAAAAAAAUUAAAUAAAAAUUAAAUGUCUUUAAUGCCCCAGGGCAUCCACCUUUAUAUUAUGUGAAGAUCUAAAUGUAUAAUUUAAGCAUUAGAGGAGGGGGGUGUCAAUCAUGAAUGCCAUACGAAGACAAAACUGUGCAGUGAAAUGAAGACAUUAGGAAGGGAGCAUAUUCCUUGCUAUUAAUUAUGCAUAGCUACUAAUCUGUAAAGAAACAAACAAUAUAUAACAUUAUAGAUUUUCAGUGAAGUUACUCUUUAAAUGUCAUACCAUACCCUUUUCAAGAGAUACGUAUUUCAUUAAUAAAGUAUUACUAUGAAAUUACUUUCUUACCCAUCUGUCAAUCAAAUUCAUCAUUUGAAAUAUUUCAAGGGAAAGAUCUGAGCACAGUCAUUGUGCAAGAGUACAUUCCCGUGCUGCAGUCUGUUCAUUUAAGAGUGUGACAGAGAAAGAUUGGGUUUAUAAAUCAAUAAUCCUGAGAAGUUGGUCUUUUCAACAUCACAAUGAAAUCUAUUAAAAUGUGAUAUGCAGUGACAUAAUUGGCUAAGGGAAGAACAUCUUGAAGCUAUUUUCUGCCUUUAUGAAUUAUUCUUCUCUUGCAAUAUCACAAAUCCACCAUUUUGCAUUUGAUGCCAUUUUCUCCUUAAGUGGGAUCGCAAAGCUACUACUGUGCAUUCUCUGUGUUUCAAAGAAUUGUGAAUUGUAAAACUGUCAGUGGAGUUUGGUAGGAACCUUGGAGUCCAGUCAAAAAUGAACAGAAUUUUUUUAGAUGUCUUUGUUCCAAGUACUUUAAAUUCAUGUGUCAGCAUUAAACGUAUACAUAAAUUGCA